UCGUCAUCUACUUCAAUGCCGGUGUCUGUUGCUUGUGAGGGAUUCAAUUACAGGACGUUUCGGUGGGCACAGACCAUGAGAUUUGCCAUAGAUGAGAUCAACAAAAGAGAGGACAUCCUUCCAAACACAGAACUGGGAUACGUGAUCUACGAUUCAUGCUUCACAAUCUCCAAAGCUGUGGAAGGAACCCUGACCUACCUGACAUGACAGGAUGAAGCUGUGCCCAACUACAGAUGCAGCUCAGGGGCUCCGUUAGCAGCCCUGCUAGGAACUGGGGGAUCUGCCCUUUCCAUUGCCACAGCUAGGAUCCUAGGGCUCUACUACUUCCCCCAGGUCAGCUACGGCUCCUCCUGUACGGUUCUGAGUGACAAAUUCCAGUUCCCCUCUUUUCUUCGGAUGAUCCCAAAUGAUGACUUCCAGUCCAAGGCCAUGGCGAACCUGGUUGUUUAUUUUGGGUGGACCUGGGUGGGAACCAUAGCAGCCGACGAUGACUAUGGAAAAUACGGCAUCAAACUGUUCAAGGAAGAGGUGGAGAAGGCUGGGGUUUGCAUCUCCUUUUCCGAGACCCUUCCCAAGCUGUAUUCCAGAGAAACGAUCCUCAACAUAGUGGAAACCGUCAAGCGAUCUACAGCCAACAUCGUUGUCGUGUUCGCUGCUGACGUGGACCUGUCUCCACUGAUAGAAGAGCUCAUUAUCCACAACAUCACUGACAAAACCUGGAUUGCAAGUGAAGCCUGGGUUACAUCAGCUUUGAUCUCUAAACCAGAAUACUAUUCAGUUCUUGGAGGGACUCUAGGUUUUGCCAUUCGGAGAGCCCACAUUCCAAAUCUUAAAGAAUACCUCCUUAAUAUAAACCCCUUUGAAUCACAUGAUCCAUUAAUAGGUGAGUUUUGGCAGCGAGCUUUCAACUGUACACUGGAGGAUAUGCAUGCCGUUGAAAACAUGUAUACAGCCACAGUCAGUGGUAACAUGACUAACGCAAGACUACACAGCAUUGACCCCAUUGCUAGCCAUCUGUGUACAGGGCUGAAAGAACUGGACAAAAUCAAUAACACAUAUUCUGAUGUCUCGCAGCUGAGAUUCACCUAUAGUGUUUAUAAAUCAGUAUACACUGUGGCACACGCUCUUCAUGACAUGGAGACAUGCAUCAAAGGAAAAGGGCCAUUCAUUGAUCAGACCUGUGCCAACAUUUCAGAUUUUGAACCCUGGCAGUUAAUGUAUUAUUGGAAGCACGUCAGAUUCACUGCUCUGGAUGACAAGGUUGUCUCCUUUAGUAACGAAGGUGAUGUGACUGCAGUAGAUGACAUCUUGAACUGGCAGAGGAACCCGGACGGCACCAUCUCAUAUGUGGAAAUAGGAUAGUACAACAGCACUGCACCUCCGGGCUCCGAGAUGACCAUUAACAAUGGUUCCAUUGUCUGGAUCAAUGACAAAGUUGAGGCUCCUCGUUCCGUGUGCAGUGAGAGCUGUCAGCCUGGUACCAGAAAGGGGAUACGUCAAGGGGAUCCUGUCUGCUGUUUCGACUGCAUUCCCUGCGCCGAUGGAGAAAUCUCCAAUGAAACAGAUUCAAGGGAAUGCAUUCAGUGUGGUGAAGAUUACUGGUCUAAUACGAAUAGGGAUGCCUGCAUGGCAAAGGAAAUUGAGUUUCUGGCGUACGACGAAGCCCUGGGAAUUACUUUAAUAGCUGUUUCAGCCUUUGGGGCCUGUAUUGCUAUUGCCGUGGCAAUCAUAUUCUUAGACUAUAGAAACACUGCCCUGGUGAAAGUCAACGAUGCGGUGUUAAGCUUCUUCAUCCGGUUUUCGCUGGUGAUUACUUUCCUCAGCUCCAUCAUCUUCGUGGGCGAGCCAGUGAAGUGGUCCUGUAUGACCAGACAGGUGUCCCUCGCACUGGGGUUCUGCGUUUGCCUUUCCUGUAUUAUGGGAAAGACCAUUGUCUUAAUGUUUACAGCCAGGGCAGCGAAAUCGAAAAACCCAGAGAAAACCAACAGCGAGCCGAUCAGACCCAUCCACCAGAGGAUCAUUGCCCUUACUUCCAUUCUGAUCCAUGCUUGCGCAUGCACUGUGUGGCUGGUCCUUCACCCCCCUUACCCUGUGAAGAACACAGCGUCUCAGAACAUCAAGAUCCUUCUGGAGUGCGACGAGGGCUCCAUUAUAUUCAUAUGUUGUAUCUUUGGCUACAACGUGCUGCUAGCCCUGCUGGGUUUUGUUUUUGCCUUUAUGGCCCGCAAACUUCCAGAUAAUUUUAACGAAGCCAAGUUUGUGACCUUUGGAAUGCUGGUGUUCUUUAUCGUCUGGAUUUCCUUUGUAGCUGCGUACUUGAACCGGGGAAAAUUCAUGGUCACUGUUGAGAUAUUUGCUAUUUUGGCCUCAAGUUUUGGCUUGCUGGCCUGCAUCUUUAUCCCUAAAUGUUACAUUAUCUUACUGAAACCAGAAAGAAACACAGAGGCUUUAGUGAGAAGUAAGCCCAAAAUGAAUGAGACGAGUGCUCCAGGCACCUCAGCUUCCAUUACCAGCGAACUAAACAGCACGACCGUUUCUACUGUCUCCUUGGACGAGUGAACCUGGUGUGCUGGUAA